AUGCGCAGCGUAAAACUUGUUUUCAUUGUUUAUUUAGAUGCUGUAUACUUUCCUCCUGCUAAUACUGACAGCCGACGAAACGGUUGUGAAAGCAAUUCUUCUAUUUUCGUCUACAAUCCGCAGACUCGUCGUGUUCAUCUCAUGAACAAUCGGCAUUGCAUAGUUGUCAACGAAAAAUCAUAUCAUUACCUUGCAACUGAAGAUUAUCCCACCGUCAAUCGCUUAAAAUCAAUUGCUUGCGAUCGGGCCGCAACAGCUGCACCGAUGAAUUAUCUUAUUUGGGGCAGUGAAUUUCGUUUGACUCGUGAUGAAAACAAUAAGCAAAAAACUAUCCUUCAAUUUAUUGCACCGACAGAUGGGCAUGAAUACACAAUAUAUAUUCGUGGCGAUAUACUCAUUGUAAUUGACAGCAAUGAUGAAGCUCGAAAAGUGUUAAAUCAAUUACGAGAACCAACAUUGGAGAUUAUUGAAAACAUUACAGAUCAAUGA